AUGGACCCAUUAAUUGUUGAAAAUCAACCACAACCACCUCAACAACAACAAGAAACAUUUCCACCUUCACCACCACCCGAAUCAUCAUCACCAUUGGAACAAUACAGUGAAGAGAUUAAAAAUGGAAAUGCAGAGGUGCUCGAAGAGGAGCCAAGAAAUUUGUUGCUGUCGGUGCUAUCAGAGAUCAAGAUUGGUAUGGAUCUGAGCACCGUACCACUACCAACCUUUAUAUUGGAAUCGCGAUCAUUGCUCGAAAAGUUUACCGACUUUAUGGUGCAUUGCGAUCAACUACACAAUGUGCACACACUAAUUGACCCGAUGGACAGAAUGUUGGCCGUUUCGAAAUGGUAUUUGUCGGGCUUUUCUUACACCCCAAAAGGCGUCAAGAAACCAUACAACCCGAUUUUGGGCGAGAUAUUCCGUGCCAAGUGGCAAUACCACGACACGACCACCCAACUCAUAGCCGAGCAGGUGUGUCACCAUCCACCCAUCAGUUGUAUUUAUAUAUCAAAUAGAAAAGAUGGUUAUGUCGUGACGGGCACAAUCAGCCCGCGCGGUAGCUAUCAGAUCACCUCGUUGGUGGUGCACGUCGAGGGAACCAUCACUCUGCGAUUCAUCGAGACCAACGAGGAAUACACAUUCAAUUUCCCAUCCAUCUACGCCCGAGGUAUUCUCUUUGGCACUUUGAUGACCGAGAUUGCCGGCAAGACCAGCAUCAAUUGCUCGUCGACCAAUUUACGCGCCGACUUUGACUUUAAGACCAAACCACUGUUUGGCGGCGACUACAACGAGGUCAGUGGCAAGAUCAAGAAAAAAGGCGAAACCCUAUACAAUAUCUCUGGCAAGUGGGACAAUAGAUUGGAUAUUACAAGUGCUGUACAGAAAAAAUCAUCGUCACCUAAAAACGCACAGGUAUUGUGGGACUGUAAAAACGCUAAAAAGACACCAAAGUUUAUCAAACCCAUCCCAGAACAGGCGGAAAACGAGUCACAAAGAUUGUGGCAAUUUGUAAGCAACGCCAUCACUAAAAGAGAUCAAAAGGAAGCUACUGCCGAAAAGAUUAAAUUGGAAAACGUUCAAAGACAAGGUGUAAAGAAAAGAAAAGAAAAAAAUAUUGAAUGGCAACCAAAACAUUUUAUUAAAGUUAAUGAUCAAUGGGUUUAUAAAAAUUCAAAUUUUACUCCAUAUAAUCCAAAUGAACCACCAGAAAUUUUUAAUAUUGAUGAAGAAAGUAAUAAUUAA